AUGCUACGAACAGUUAGUGUUGGGAGACAGUAUGUGCAGCGAUAUUUUGGUCAUUGUUUGAUUGUAAACUCCGUUCGUCAUUCCAGUUCUGCAACAGUAAACAGGUUAAAGCAACCACUACGCCGUGUAUUUGAUGACGAUUCGCACUGGAGAGCUCUUAAUCACUCCAACUAUAAGCUUAAUGAGAGCAAAGGUAGAAAGUUUGGUUUAAGAUCUACUUCGGACCUUGAAACAGGCCUAUUCCAGAACUCAUAUUUAAAAUCUGCCAAUGGGUUAGUGGAGUUUACACAGCAUUCGUUUGAGAAAGCUAAAGAGCUGGUGCAGAAGAUUCAUUCUAUUGAGACGCAAGAUGAAAUGAAAUAUUAUAUUAAGGACUUGGACCAAUUGAGUGAUGUAUUGUGCCGCGUCAUCGAUUUAUGUGAAUUCAUUAGAGCCACUCAUCCAGAUAAGAAGUUUGUACAGACAGCGCAGCAAUGCCAUGAGAAAAUGUUUGAGAUCAUGAAUAUAUUAAAUACUGAUGUCAGACUAUGUGAUCUCUUGACGCAAUGUCUACGCGAAAGCGAUGUCUUAGGACUUGACAGUGAGGAGAUCAGAACAGGGAAGAUCUUACUAGAGGACUUUGAGAAAUCCGGAAUAUACAUGAAGCCAGAGAUCAGAGAAAAGUUCAUCCAACUGAGUCAAGAGAUAAGUGUCAUUGGGCAAGAUUUUAUCAAUAAUACAGAAUAUGUCAGGUCUAAUUAUAUCAAAAUUAGCUGUGAACUGAUGGAUGCUCACGUCAAUAAAAUGGUUUGUUCUCAAAUGAAGAAAGAUAUAACUGGAGAAUACUAUAAGGUACCCACCUACGGAUAUAUACCGCACACGUUAUUACGUACCUGCAGCGAUGAAGUGAUUAGAAUGAAGAUAUGGACAGAGAUGCACAGUUGUUCAGAUGCACAAAUUGAACGUUUAACUAAACUAAUAAGCCUAAGGGUUGAAUUGGCUAAACUCUUAGGUUCCCAAAACUUCGCUCAAUACCAGUUACACGGUAAGAUGGCCAAGACGCCAGAAAAUGUUAGUGGUUUUCUAGAGUCUCUAGUUCACUCUACUAGAAUCAAAGCUGCAUCAGAACUUAAACCUUUGGCUGUCCUAAAAUCAGAGUUAACUGGAACCCAAACUCCACAUACUUCAGAGGAAGUUUUAGAGUUAAUGAAACCGUGGGAUAGAGAUUAUUACGGAUCAAUACAGGCCCUUGCACAGCGUCGAUCAUCAUCAUUAGAUAAUGGAGAAUCAAUCUCCUCGUCAUUUUCGUUAGGUGUUGUGAUGCAAGGUCUUUCAGAUCUAUUCGAGAAAAUAUAUGGAAUCAAAUUAGUGCCAGCCACUCCCAAGACCGGAGAAACUUGGUCACCUGAUGUGCGGAGAAUCGAUGUAGUAGAUGAGCACGAUGGUUUGAUUGGUGUUAUGUACUGUGAUUUAUUUGAAAGAGAGGGCAAGACCCCAAAUCCGGCUCAUUUCACGGUAUGUUGUUCAAGAAACAUGUAUCUAAAUGAGGCAGACACUUCAACAAUUCAGGUGGGCGUUAAUAGCAACGGCCAAAAAUUCCAGUUACCUGUCAUUUCACUUGUAUGUGACUUCCGAUGGGUUGAAGUCAAUAUGGGCGAUGGGAAACACCAACAAAUGUGUCUCUUGCAAUUGAAUGAGAUUGAAACUUUAUUCCAUGAGAUGGGACAUGCAAUGCACUCAAUGUUGGGAAGAACUCAAUUACAAAAUGUCAGCGGGACUCGUUGUGCCACUGAUUUUGUUGAAUUACCUAGUAUUUUAAUGGAACAUUUUGCCCGUGACACCAGAGUUCUAUCAUCCAUUUCAUCACAUUACAAGACUGGUAAAUCAUUGGACGUCGAAGUGUUGAAGAAUCAUCAAUUGGAAAACCAGUUUUUACAGAACUGUGAAACGUUCUCCCAAAUCAAGAUGUCAUUCUUAGAUCAAGAAUUGCACAACUUGGAUCACACCACAGAUGGUUCUAUCGAUGUAAUUGCUAUCUAUCACAGAUUAGAACGUCGUCUAGCAGUAUUACCAGAUGAUCAGAGCAACUGGUGUGGUAAAUUUGGUCAUCUUUUUGGAUACGGUGCUUCAUAUUACAGUUAUCUCUUCGACAGAGCCAUUGCAUCUAAGAUCUGGGAUCACUUGUUUGAACAAGAUCCAUUCAAUAGAACCAAUGGUACGAAGUUUAAAGAAGGUUUACUACAGUGGGGAGGUUCUCGUGAUCCAUGGUACCUUUUAAGUCAAGUUCUUGAUGAGCCACGACUAGCCAAGGGUGACGAAUGGGGUAUGAGAUACAUCGGUGAUGUUAAGACUGGUAUGUGA